AAUAAAUAUAAUAAAUAGUAGUAGUAUCAUUUUUCUUCAACCAAAGAAGAAAAUCACCAUUAAAGACUUUUCCCAUCAGUUUCGCCGCCCUUGUUGCUUUUCUUUCUUCAUAAUCAAAAUCCAAUCUUUUCUUCUUGUUUUCUUCCUUGUGAAAAGUAAAAGAUCCAUUUUUUUCUCUCCGAUACACCCAGAAAGUGAUAUGUAACAGAAUCCAGCUUCCAAUAAUAGCAAUUUCAUUUCCAAAAAUACUUUUCUUUUAAUGGAUUUUUGUGUUUUUCGUUUCACUUCCCAAAAGGGUUUUUGCUUUCUCAAACAUACCCUUUGCUGUCCAACUUCUCAUAAUUUUUUCUAAAUUUUGGGAUUUUCUUACCUUUUUUUUUUUUUUGUGGGGGUGGGGAAAAGGUUAAAGAUGAGUGUAGCCAAGUCCCAGGUUUGGCAACCUUGUAAAAAGAAGAGGAUUUAGCUUUAGGCAUAUAAUUAUAUUAAGAAACAAAAAAGAUUUUCUGAAAAAAAAGAGAGGAUGGAAUUGGUAUUGGUAUUGAUUUAGAGUAGGAAUUUAAAGAUCUAUACGGAGAUUGGAUUGAAUAAGGGAGAUGGGUUCAAGAUCAAAUAAUGGAAGUGGGAGGACAAAAGUGGGAAGGUAUGAGCUUGGGAGGACAUUGGGGGAGGGUACUUUUGCAAAAGUGAAAUUCGCAAGGAAUGUUGAAACUGGUGAUAAUGUGGCCAUAAAGAUUCUUGAUAAAGAGAAGGUCAUGAAGCACAAGAUGAUUGGUCAGAUUAAACGGGAAAUAUCAACCAUGAAACUUAUAAGACACCCCAAUGUAAUCCGAAUGUAUGAGGUCAUGGCCAGCAAGUCGAAGAUAUAUAUUGUUUUGGAAUUUGUUACUGGUGGCGAACUGUUUGACAAAAUUGCCAGUAAAGGUAGGCUCAAAGAAGAUGAAGCAAGAAAGUAUUUUCAGCAGCUUAUCAAUGCAGUGGACUAUUGUCAUAGUAGAGGUGUAUUCCACAGAGACCUCAAGCCUGAAAACUUGUUAUUGGAUGCCAAUGGUGUUCUUAAAGUUUCGGAUUUUGGAUUGAGUGCGCUGCCUCAGCAAGUUCGCGAAGAUGGACUACUACAUACAACAUGUGGAACACCAAAUUAUGUGGCUCCAGAGGUUAUCAACAAUAAAGGUUAUGAUGGAGCUAAGGCUGAUCUGUGGUCAUGUGGUGUAAUCCUUUUUGUACUUAUGGCUGGUUAUCUGCCUUUUGAAGAGUCAAAUCUUGUGGCAUUAUAUAAGAAGAUACAUAAAGCUGAAUUUACAUGUCCACCCUGGUUUUCCUCUAAUGCAAAGAAACUGAUCAAAAGAAUCUUGGAUCCCAAUCCACAGACGCGCAUCACAAUUACCGAGGUCAUUGAGAAUGAAUGGUUCAAGAAAGGGUAUUGUCCACCUGUUUUUGAACAGGCAGAUGUUAGUCUUGAUGACGUGAAUGCUAUUUUUGAUGAAUCUGCUAACUCUUCGAAUCUUGUUGUUGAGAGACGGGAAGUACGGCCUUCUGCACCGCUGACUAUGAAUGCUUUUGAGCUUAUUUCAACUUCUCAGGGUCUCAAUCUCAGUUCUCUGUUUGAAAAGCAAAUGGGGCUGGUCAAAAGGGAGACAAGAUUUACAUCGAGAUGUCCUGCGAAUGAAAUUGUUUCAAAAAUUGAAGAAGCUGCUGUACCUUUGGGAUUCAAUGUGAGGAAAAAUAACUAUAAGAUUAAGCUUCAAGGUGAGAAGAGCGGGCGCAAAGGUCACUUGAAUGUUGCAACUGAGAUUUAUGAGGUGGCACCUUCACUCUACAUGGUUGAGCUUCGCAAGGCUGGAGGAGAUACCUUGGAAUUUCACAAGUUUUACAAGAACCUGUCCACCGGAUUGAAAGACAUAGUUUGGCAACUGGGGGAUGAAGCAGGAGAGGAAGUAAAAGAUGGCAUUGUCUCAACUUGAUUUUGGAGUGUGAUGUCAGUGGGUUACCGAUGUGUAUAACAGUGUGCUGUUGGAUAUUAGAUACUCUGUUGUGCUGUAAAAUGGACUUGUUUGAUGUCAAACAUCAAGUGUUUUAGCAUCAAGGAGUUUC